AUUUCUUUUCUUUUGUUUUAAUAAAAAGAAUGGCUUCAAAGCAAGCAAAUACUACGAAUGCCUCUAAAAAAAUUCGAAUGACUAUGGCCUGUGAACGAUGCAGAUCAAAAAAAGUCAAGUGUGAUUUUGCUCAUCCACAGUGUGCAAGAUGUCAACAAGCUAAGGCUGAAUGCUCUUAUGAUGGAUCAGCUACACAAAUCGACUUGUUUAAUCUACUGAAGCUGAAUGAAACGGUCGAUAGCUUACAAAAGCGUGUGCAAUCAAUCGAGACAGACAUGAAGAAAGUUUGUGACAAUACACAAUAUGUGGCUGAUCAACUAAAGAACAAUAAAGAGGAUAGUAAGAGCAAGGAAACCCCUUCAUGCAGCCAUAAUGCCUUUUUGACAACAGCGAGCAACAACAAUACGAGAUGGUCUCUAUCACUGACUCCAAGAGGCCUGAGAAUAGACACAAAUAUAAUUUCGUUUCAUGAUUUGUACGACAUUUUAUUAUCUGGAAUAUCUCAAUAUGAAUUGCAUCAGCAUGACACUGUCGACUCUUCAUCCCAAUCUUCUUCAUCUACGGAUACAGCAACAGUUGCGAAAAAGAAACCACUGUGGAAAUCGAGGCUAAAGACAUUUCCACUCUACAGCAGUUGGGAACCUUGUCAGCGUCCUGAUCCAUUGUCAAGUCAACUGAAUGAUUAUCAGUUAUCAAAAAAGACAAUGGAUGAAAUGAUACACAUCUAUAAUACCUGCUUUCUUUGCUUACCCUGCCCAAAACCUAACAAUUCGAUUGCAUCAAGAUAUGCUCGUGGCACGCUCGACCCUCUCCUGGCCAAUGCUGUCUUUGCCUGGACAGCGAGACAUGCCGCGAUUUAUCAUGACUUAUUUCCUGGGCAAGAUCCAAACCAAGUGGGGGAACCAUUUUUUAUAAAGGCCAGAUCAUUGAUCAAGGAACGCUUUAUGCAGACAAGUGUUGACACCAUGCACAGUCUGUUGAUCAUGUACAUUUACGCUAUUGGUAUACCUAUUGAAAACAAGGCAGAGAUCGAGUCAGAGGCUUAUAUCUACCUUGGACUGGCCAUACGCAUGUGUCUAGACUUGAAGAUGAACCAUGAGAGCACGAGCGAAGACAAAUACGAACAAGAGAGACAUCGACGAUAUUUUUGGGUUCUUUACUUUUUGGAAACGUUGGGCACGAUUCACACUGAUAAACCAUUUUCGCUUCCUCCCAAGAAUAUGAUCACAGUCAAGUUUCCGACAGUGAUGGAACAUGAAGAAAGUAUACCCGAAGUCAAGUAUCGAGUCGAGUUUAUGAUCCAUCGAUUCAAGAGUGUUCGUAUUUUCCGUGACAUCAUCCACAAGACUGCAGAAGAGAAGCCACUACUUUACCAUGUGUCAGCGAUUGAUAAGGAGCUUCAGACAUGGUAUGCUCAGUUGCCCAGUUACUUCAAGUAUGAACCAGGGGAUAAAGAUAAGCGACAAUGGGAUACAACAUCGUUCAAAGAGCAGGCAUGCAUCAAGUUAAACUUUGAAUACAACUUCUUGCUUUGUCAGCUCUAUGGUUUGUUCUUCUCUAAACAGUUCGAGAAUGAGCCAUCGACGAUCGAGAUUUUGUCAAGAGAUAAAUGUUUGAAAGCAGCACGGACUACGACCGAGUUGCUUGAAUGCUGGAACCAAUUGAAACAAAAUUGGUGUCAUUUUUCACUAGAAAACUUGAUGAUGGUCACCAAUCUAUACGGUACAAUCGUGUCACAGCCUCAUGAUAGCGAAAGAGAGACAGCCAAAGAGAAUUUGGAAAAAAUUGCAAGGAUAUUGGCUGCUUCACCCGUGCGCCACCAUAAAUAUGUGAACUCACUUGUCAAUUGUAUAAAGAAUAUCUUUUUGGAAUCACUACACACCAAUCUUGAACUGGAUACUAUUGAAUCUCUGUCAAUCUCUGUGCCGUCGCAGAUACAGGAAAAUACAAAGCCUGAUGCUACCAGUACUGCUACUACUACAGCAAUAAAUACUGUCCGUAGACCGCAUUAUGAAGUGACAUCAUUUAUUCCUAAAAACAACAAUACAACCAUGAUCGAUAACAAUAAUCACGGUCGAUUACCUUCAAACGCAUUUUCUGAAGAGAUGUAUUUUUCAGAUUUUGUGUAUACACCUACUUUAAUGGACUAUUCACUACUUCCGUCUAGUAUUAUGAAUUACCACAAUUCAGCACUUCAAUGUAACAAUAAUAAUGAAAUACUCACAAAUUACAACCAGCUCGCUUCUUCUUCGUCUUCUUCUCAACCUUGGAUGUGUCAUAAAUUGAAUGAAUCAUUUUAUCAAGACUUUUCAGAGAAUGGCAACAAUAACAACAGCAACAACAACAACAAUUCACGGUUUUACUAGAAGCAAUAAGGUGUAUGUAGCUAGAAAGCUAAUGAAUAAAAAUAAU